AAUUCUCUCUGACUUCCAGACCUAAAGAGCUUUGCUACCUCUCCCUCUCUCCCUCUCAAAUGGAGUCCGGCAUGGCCUGCGACAGCGAUGACCUCCCAUCGCUUCGACCUUAGCGCACGGGAAGCUCGCGUACCUCUUAAUAAAGCCAACAGCUUCGUUCCUCAGAGACUCUCGCCGGGAGUGUGUUUUCUUCUCCGCCCAAUUCGGAGAGCGAGUCAUGGAGGAGGACAAAGGAGCGUUGGCUCAGAGCGUGAUCGACGCAGUCAACGAGAUAGCUUCCAUCUCGGGUUACAGAGGCACGAUCAAGAAGCAAUACUGCAAUCUGGCCCGGAGAUUGAAGCUGUUGACUCCAUUGUUCGAAGAGAUUAAGGACAGCAAGGAGUCAAUGCCCGAAGGGACGAUCAGAGCUCUCGCCUCUCUCCUGGGAGCUUUGAGUUCCGCGAAGGAGUUGCUGAGGUUUGGGACCGAAGGGAGCAAAAUUUACGUGGUCUUAGAAAGGGAGCAGAUUAUGAAUAAAUAUCAUGAGGUGACCUCCCAACUGGAACAAGCUCUAAGUGGAAUUUCCUAUGAAAACCUGGACAUAUCAGAUGAAGUCAAGGAACAGGUUGAGCUCGUCCUUGGACAAUUUAGAAGAGCUAAAGGAAGAGUUGAUUCACCUGAUGUCGAGUUGUAUGAAGAGCUCUUAGCCCUUUAUAACCAGAGUAGUGACACAACCUCGGAACCAGCUGUCUUAAGGAGAUUGGUUGAAAAGCUAGAGUUAAUGAAGAUUGCUGACCUUAAGCAGGAGUCACUGGCUCUACAUGAGAUGGUUUGUGCAAGUGGUGGAGAUCCUGGCGAGAGCAUUGAGAAGAUAUCAAUGUUGCUGAAGAAAAUUAAAGACUUUGUGCAGACAGAGAACCUUGACAUGGAUCCGCCUACUGGCGAAAAAAAUGUUUUUCCCAGUUCCAGUGGGCAAUCAUCAGUCGAUAACAAUCAAAAUACACAGGUCAUCCCAGAUGAUUUCCGUUGCCCAAUAUCCUUAGAGUUGAUGAAGGAUCCUGUUAUCGUGUCAACAGGCCAGACCUAUGAACGCUCAUGCAUUGAGAAAUGGCUGGAAGCGGGUCAUAGGACAUGUCCAAAGACACAGCAAAACCUUUCUAGCACAACUCUUACACCCAACUAUGUCCUUCGCAGCCUUAUAGCUCAAUGGUGUGAGGUUAAUGGCAUUGAGCCACCCAAACCACCCAGCAGCUCUCGACCCACUAAAACUAUCUCAACCUGCUUCCCUGCUGAAUGUGCUAAGAUUGAACUUCUCCUGCGCAAGCUUGCAUGUGGGAAUCCUGAGGAACAGCGGUCAGCUGCAGGUGAGAUUCGCCUUCUUGCAAAGCGUAAUGCAGAUAACCGUGUUGCCAUUGCUGAAGCAGGUGCAAUUCCCUUCCUUGUACGCCUUCUUUCAACUCCCGACUCGCGCAUCCAAGAGCAUGCUGUCACAGCACUUCUCAACCUUUCAAUAUGUGAUGAGAACAAAGGUAAUAUUGUCUCCUCUGGAGCCGUUCCAGGCAUAGUCCUUGUUCUGAGGACUGGGAGUAUGGAAGCGCGGGAAAAUGCAGCGGCCACACUCUUCAGCCUCUCAGUUGUAGAUGAGUAUAAAGUAACAAUUGGUGCAUCUGGUGCAAUUCCUCCACUCGUGUUGCUUCUAAACGAGGGAACCCAGAGGGGGAAGAAGGAUGCUGCAACAGCUCUUUUUAAUUUGUGCAUUUAUCAAGGUAAUAAGGGGAAGGCUGUUAGGGCUGGCAUUGUACCCACACUGAUGCAGCUUCUAACUGAACCUGAAGGCAGUAUGGUGGAUGAGGCACUGGCUGUACUGGCGAUAUUAGCCAGUCAUACUGAAGGGAGGGCUGCCAUCGGUGCUGCAAAGGCAGUGCCAGUUCUCGUAGAAUUUAUUCGCGUUGGUUCUCCUAGGAACAAGGAGAACGCGGCUGCUGUUUUGGUGCAUCUUUGUGCUGGAGAUCAGUAUCAUCUGUUAGAGGCAAAGGAAAUUGGAAUCAUGGACCCACUGGUGGAAUUGGCACAAAAUGGCACGGACAGAGGGAAGCGGAAGGCUGCUCAAUUGCUUGAGCGAUUGAGCCGUUUCAUUGAGCAGCAGGAGGAGGCUCGGGCACAGGCCGAAGCCGAGGCCGAGAUUCUGGCACAGGCUGAAGCCGAGGCCGAGGUUCAGGUACAGAGUGAGACCGAGGUCGAGGUUCAGGUACAGACUGAGACUGAGGUUCAGGUUCAGGUACAGGCUGACAUCGAGGCUGGGGCCGACACUCAGCCUUCAGAGCUGCCUUUGACAGCAAAUGUAGUUGAUAACGAUAACUGAAGCUAUGCGUCACCUCCUUUGUGCUUUUUCUUCGUGAUUGUGAUUUGAUUUUGACUUAUUCAGAAGUGUUUUACGUCAAAGGGGGAGGUGGAAGAUCGCCUGCCCACCUGUGAAGCAAGUAAUUCAUUGGUCUGUGCCGUUUUGACAACGAAUGGAUGGUGAAAGAAAAGCCGCGAGUUCUGAUGUGUCCGACAUUGAUGCAAAUGUACUAUUAAAGAUGUAAAACUGGGAUCAUCCUCUACCUUUUUAAGUGGAAGGGAUGUCAUGUAUUCUGGUAUUAUUCCUUCA